GUAUUGGAACCCAGCAGAGGGAGAGGGGGUGAAAAAUGGCGGCGGGCAGCGGGCGACACAGCGCAGAGCCUCCACUUUACGGCCCAAAUGGCGCGCCUGACCCCAUCAAGAGCCUGUACCCGAUGGUGAACGAGGAGGAGACGCCUUUGCCUCGGUGUUGGAGCAGCAAGGACAAGUACAGCUUCAUCGGGCUCUCGCAAAACAACCUGAGAGUGCACUACAAGGGCCACGGCAAGAACCACAAGGAUGCCGCCAGUGUCCGCGCAACGCACCCCAUACCAGCGGCCUGCGGUCUAUACUAUUAUGAAGUCAAGAUCGUUAGCAAGGGCCGCGAUGGGUACAUGGGCAUCGGGCUGUCCUCGCAGGGGGUCAACAUGAACCGUCUGCCUGGCUGGGACAAGAACUCCUUCGGGUACCACGGGGAUGACGGACACUCCUUCUGCAGCAGCGGCAGCGGCCACCCCUACGGCCCUACCUUCACCACGGGCGACGUCAUUGGCUGUGGCAUCAACCUUAUCGACAAUGUUUGCUUCUACACCAAGAACGGCCACUAUCUCGGCGUGGCCUUCACCGACCUGCCCGUGAGUUCCCAGCUGUACCCCACGGUGGGCCUUCAGACGCCCGGCGAGGUGGUGGACGCCAACUUCGGUCAGGCGCCGUUUGUGUUCGACAUCGGCGAGAUGAUGCGUGAGCUGCAGUGCCGCGUCCGUACCACCAUACAGAACUUCCCCGUCCCCGACACACACGGCCAGUGGCAAACCAUGCUGCACCGGAUGGUGUCGACGUACCUGGUGCACCAUGGCUACUGUGCGACGGCUGAGGGCUUCGCACGGUCCACGGGGCAGGACUUCGACGAGGAACUCACCUCUAUCCGCAACAGACAGAAGAUACAGAAGCUGGUCCUGAGUGGGCGCAUGGGCGAGGCGAUAGAAACAGUUCAGCAGCUGUACCCCGGCCUGCUGGAGAACAACCACAACCUGCUGUUUAUGCUGAAGGUCCGCCAGUUCAUCGAGAUGGUGAACGGAACAGACACAGACGUCCGGGGGGGGUCUCGCUCCCCCUCCCGGCCCCCCACCCACGAGGCCACCCCUUCCCCCACCCCACCGUGCUGGGCUAAUGGCCGCCCCGCCGACCCCCCACCCCCCACAGGGUCCUCCGGCUCCCCUCCUCCCUCCUCCACCACAGCUGUGCCUACCUCCUCCUCCUCCUCCUCCUCCUCUUCCUCCUCCUCUUCCAUCAUCACACAACACACAUCUGUCAUCCAGUCCACAAAGAACGUCAUGGGCGGAGGAGGUGGAGGUGGUGGUGGAAGUGGAGGCGGUGGUGGUAGCAGCCUAACCGCACCUCCACCCACCACACCACCACAAUCCACCACCACCACCACAACCACCGUCACCACCACAGAGGAGAGGAAUCAACGUAACACCACACCACCCGACACCACUUCCACCUCCUCCACCUCCAGUCAUCACCAUCACCACCACCAUCACCACCACCGACACAGCAGACACGCCGCCAAUGGCACCUCCACCACCUCCGCCUCCGCCACCUCCACCUCCACACCACCACCACAAGUCAUACAGCCACCUCCACCACCUCCUCCACAACACCAGUCAUCUUCCUCUUCCUCCUCGUCCUCCUCCUCUUCCUCAUCCUCCUCCUCCUCCUCCUCGUCCAACCUGCAAGACAGUGACACAGAGAUGGAGUGUGUGGAGCCGCCCCGCCCCGCCCCCCCCUGCCCUGGCUCUGCCCCGCCCCCCGCACACAGUAAUGGAUUCUCCAAUGGGUUUGACAAGCACUUAGAGGAGGAGGAAGAUGAAGAGGAGGAGGAGGAGGAGGAGGAGGAAGAAGCCAUGGACAUAGAGAAUGGCAGCACCAACGGCAGCGGCAGCGGACGCAAGAUGUGUGGCGGCAACCCGGCGGCGAUCGAGCGGAUGUUGACGUUCGGACGCGAGGUGCAGCACAUGAGCCAAAUCCUGCGGCACCAGCUGGGCAAGAGUGACCACAACAAGAAGAUGCUGCAGGACGCGUUCAGCCUACUGGCCUACAACGACCCCUGGAACAGUCCCGUGGGGUGGCAGCUGGACCCCAUACAGCGUGAACCAGUGUGUCAGUCCCUUAACUCCGCCAUCCUGGAGUCCCAUGAGCUCCCCCGCCGGCCGCCACUCGAGAUCUGCGUCGCUCACACUCGCCAGCUCCUGACCCUAAUGUCCCGGAGCGGCCUAGGGUCCUGUGCCUUCUCCAGUGUCGAUGCGGUUUUAGGCGGCGGAAGUGGCGGCUCCUCGUCCCCCCAGGCCCAGACCCAGACGCACCAGCCCUCCUCCCACCACUCGCUAGCGGCCGCCAACUCAGCCGCCGCCCCCGCCACCACCACAACCACCACCACACACCUAACGCAGUCCUCGGUGUCGGCUGUCUCGGCCGCCGCAGCCGCCGCUAACUCCCAUAGUGACCCAUAGUGAUAGUGUGUGUGUGUGUGCGUGCGUGUGUGAGUGACGAUUAUUAUUAUUAUUAUUUUUUAUUAUUAUUAUUAUUGGUGGUGAUGAUAGGUUUUUUUUUGGGAGGGGGUGGCGUCCUGUUUUUUUUUUGUGUGCGUUCGUUUGUUUGUUUACUUUUUAUUGUAUACUA